AUGACUUCUUUACACUUUGGCCUUCAGAGGCCGAGGGUGCAAGGGCAUUUCGUGCUGCUACUGGCCGGCGAGUCCAACCAGGUACUGAAGCUGGUGCAGCGUGCUGCUGGUGCUGCUGGUGCUGCUGGUGCUGCUGGUGCUGCUGGUGAUGCUGCAUACAUCAUCCAGAAAGGCUAUCGAUCCGCGGACAACAACAAUGAUGAAUGCAUGGUCGUGACGAGUUACAUCACGUCCCCUCGCCUCCCCUCAUCCCCCGUCCUCGUUACCGUCGAGAGCCUCCACCACAGAGGAGCCUUCGUCACCUCCCCCACCAGGGGGCAGCUUGCGGUCCAGACGAGCGGCACGCCCCCCUCGCUGGCAGACGACCCUCGAAUGUUCCAGAUGGUGCAGGGCGAGGGCGGCGGCAUGCAGCUCGUUCAUCAUGGCUCAGGACUGGCGGUGAGCCACGCCGGCGCGUCGCUUACCCUCGUCACCCUCACGUCGCGACCCUCACUGGAGCUUGAAUUUAACCUUCUGCCCUGUGGGUCGUAGCGCUGGGUUGUGACUUGCAAUCUCGUUUUAAUUAACGUGGAAAAAAUCUAUGUCUUGAGUUAAUUGUAGAAUUUUCUGUGAAAAUGGGCGUGUGAUUGUUAAAUGUCAUGAAUUUUGCAAUUCUUUCUAUGAAAUUUUUAGUGAAACGUCGUGGUGUCUUUAGCACAAAAACUAGAUUUUUCUGGCCAUUUAAAUUAAUUUAAUGUUAAUAUUUAUAGAAUGUAUACAUUUCUUAAAAUUCUCCUUCAAAGAAUGUGUUUUAAAUUAUAAUUUUCCGUUUAAAUAAAAAUUUUGAGAAAUGAAAUUAAUAACACAAGAGCGAUGCGAGGAAUGAAAGUGUUGUGCAAAAUAAAUACGUUAUGAAAAAUAAACAUCUUGUGAAAGAUAAUAAACAUAUUGUGGAAAAUAAACGUUUUGUAAGAAAAAAAAACGUGUUGUAAACGUUAGGUUAGGGAAAAAACAAACACCACGUGUCGUAGGAAUAUAUAUACUUGGUAAUGACAGUACAUGUUAUUGAUUUAUAAAAAAGUUUUCUGUACAUCACUUCGUAUGACCUUUGUUGCGGUAAAUUUCAGCGCAACUAAAUCCUUCGUACACCAAAAAUAAAGUGUUCUGCUUACAUCCAUCAAUAAGAUAUCUAGCUUAUCUCCAACAGCAAAAUAUCCAGCUUAGCCCCAAAAUUACGAUGUCCAGCUUAUAAAUAACCAGACAUAAACAGGUUAAAAUUCUGCCGCUUCAUUUUUACCAGGUUUUCCAUAGACAAAAUGUUAGAAAGGUUCAUUUCUGCUGAUGAGCAAUAUUCUUCGGCCGCAUUGUGUUCAAGGGACAUUGCAUUGAUUCUAACUUAUGUACAAAUCCUCAUUUAAAUAUAUUUUAUUAUCAUUCCUA